AUGACGAAUCUACUCAAGAACAUCAUCGUUGUCGGGGGGUCCUUUGUUGGACGAACGACGGCUCAGGAACUGGCGCGUGUGUUGCCUGAUACACACAGGGUGCUCUUGAUUGAACCCCACAGCCAUUUCCACCAUUUAUUCACAUUCCCUCGAUUCGCUAUUGUUCCUGGCCAGGAACACAAAGCUUUCAUCCCCUACAACAAAAUCUAUCAUGCCGCACCAAACGCUUCUUCACACACCGUUGUUCAAGCCCGUGUUCUUUCAAUCCAGCAACAGCAUGUCAAGCUCGAUCGAGAAUGGCAGGGAUCAAACCAGAUCCCAUUCGAGUACCUCACUGUCGCAACAGGAACACGUCUAGCUGAGCCUGCGGGCAUGCGCGACGACGACAAACCGUCUUCAGUCGCGUAUCUCCAGAAACACCAAGAUGCCGUUAAGCGGGCCAAUUCUAUCCUCAUCGUUGGUGGCGGAGCCGUUAGUGUUCAAAUGGCAACGGAUCUGAAAGAGGUCUCUCCCGAGAAAGAAGUCACAGUCGUACAGUCUCGUGAGCAUGUGAUGCCACAGUUCCACGGAAACCUACACAACCUCGUCAAGAAGCGAUUCGACGAGCUUGGUGUGCGACUCGUCACCGGCUCUCGUGUCACAGUCCCAGAAAAUGGAUUCCCCAACGACGGAAGCACAUUCAACGUUCAACUCACAAACGGUACUCAAGUACCAACUCAAUUCGUCAUCUUAGCCACAGGCCAAACACCAAACAACGACCUGGUCGGUGAUCUGGCUCCUUCAACGUCUGAAACCAUUGUCAACCCAGAUAAUGGGUUCAUUCGUGUCAAGAAAACCAUGCAAUUUGUCGAUCCCAAAUACUCCAACCUUUUCGCCGUGGGUGACAUCGCGGACACAGGUGCGCGUAAGGCCGCAAAACCAGGCUCAGCACAGGCGGCUGUUGUUGCGAAGAAUAUCCUGAACCUGAUCGAGGGCAAGGCUGCGGAUGAACAGUAUGAGAAAACACCGCCAGCAAUUCAUAUCACUUUGGGCAUGAAAUAUAACGUCAUUUUCCGCAACCCGAAUGAAGCAGAAGGACAGACAGAGCCAACGAUCAUUGAGAAGUUUGACGGCCAAGAUGACUUGGGGGUCGAGGGAAUGUGGGGGAGACUAGGUAUUGAGAUCGAGAACCCUCAUCAGUACCAUCUGUGAAGAGUAAAUAUCUGGAUAUAUUGAUAGACUUGUACAUACCACUUUGACGAACGACUUCUAAUCCUUUUACUUUCUUAUAAUGGAGGACAUCCGAUGUCAAUCAUCCCUGAGGGUUUGAGUGUAUUUUACAUCAUUGCAUUCCGUAGAUUAAUUGAGGCUAUAUCUCUUCCCUAAAUCCUAGGCACCAGAGUCUUUAUUUUCUUUACAUGUUCAAUGUCGCCAUGCUGUUGAAUGUGGUAACUGAUCAUGUGAUUGCAUCGCGAACAGAAAAAGCUGAUGUCAGAAGACUUCACAACUCUGGUAGAGCUGAA